GUCAGGAAGAUCGCGCAUGCGCGAUAUAAACACGUGUCUGAGCUGAGACCUACUUCAGAGACUCCAUAUAUUUGUAUGUUUACACUUACUGUAAGAUCUUAGAAGCUGCUAACAGUUUAAUAUCCUAAGAUGUCUAGCCUCGCCUCCAAAUAUGAGUACCUGGAGAAGUUUACCCGCAAGAGCUGGCAUUCUGAGGACCAGAAGCCCAACAAGAGAGGCUAUGUUCCAUUUCAAGGCAAAGGUAACAGUGAAGGUGGUCCACUCAAAAAGAAGCAAAAGAACAAACAGGAGCAUAGAAAAGGACAUAACAUGAACACUGAUUUCAGGAAGACAAAUCCAAAGAGUUUUCAUAUACCAGCACAGAAGCAACGUGGUACAGCUGUACAGAAUGCUGCCCAGGCCAAAGUUCAGCAUGGGAAGCAAGUAAAGAUAAAGCAUAAGACUGAAGCUGCAAAGACAGAGGAAUUUAAUGCGGUGGAUAUUUUAAAGAAAAGACUUCAUGAGAAGAUUGAAGCAUCUCGGGGACAGGGCACUCCAAAGGAUCCCUCCUCGGAGGAAGUUCAGAAACGGCGAGCAAAACGAAAACAGGAGCGAGAACGCAAGAAGAGGAAAAGGAAAGAAUUUCGCAUGAAGAAGUUAGCGGACAGUGCUUCCGUAGAGGUCAAAGUAGAAAGCGAAAGCGAACCGAUACCUAUACCUCAGAGUGAUUCUACAACAAGUAAAGCUGCCAUUAAGGACACAAACACCAUUAUCUUCAACAAGGUAGAAGUAGGGGAGGAGUAUGUAGACAAAGCAACCAAGUUAAAGGAGAAAAAGAAAAGGAAGGUAAAAGGAACUCUCACUCCCCUCACAGGCAGGAACUUCAAACAGCUUUUGUCCCGAGUGGAGGCAAGGAAGGCCCGUCUUGAGGAGCUGAGAGAGAAAGAUGAAGAGAAAGCCAAGAAGGAAGAAGAGAAAAUGCGGUGGACAAACAUCCUCUACAAAGCCGAGGGCAUGAAGAUCAAAGACAACGAAGACCUUCUUCGUGCCUCCUUAAAGAGGAAGGAGAAAAUGAAGAUGCGGAGGAAAAAGAAAUGGACUGAACGGAGUCAGCAUGUGUUGGAAAAGAUGCAAAAGAGGCAAGAUAAAAGACGUAGAAACAUACAGAAAUCCAAGCAGAACAAGAUGGAGAAACGUAAACAGAGAGUCAGGAAGAAAGGGAGGGUGCUGCCUGAGGAUAUAAAGAAAGCAGCUGUGUAGAGAGAGGAAAUGAAAUGAACAGAAAGAAAUGAGUGGGUUUAGGUGAAAUGUAAGAAAAUGACAAACGCCAAACUUUUGUUUCCAAUCUGUAAAAUUGUCUUGAUUCACUGUAAAUAUAUUAGAUACAUUAAGCCAUUAAACUCUUAUUGGUGAUAGUGGUAUUAAUACCUCACUGAAUAACUUCAGUAACUUGUUUAGUAAGGUGAAUUUUUCUUUUUUCUUUCUUUCUUUUUUUAUUACAGACAUUUGGGAAACAAUGAUAGGAUUGGUUGUAUGUAUUUGUCAUUGAAUUUUCUGUUUGUAAGAAAGAGUUGGUGUGUCAGCCAUAAUUGUAUCUUUUGGAGUUCAAUAAAUACAGUUUUGGUGUUUA